CCAGUUGCAAUCAGCUGUUUUUAAAAACUCCGCAAGAGUUGUUUACAUUUCGUUGUGAAACUAAAAUAUUGAAAAUAAUGUCCACCUUCGUGGUUAAACUACUUCAACGCUGUCCGCUCUCACAUAGUCAAAUAGACGUAAAGCCUUUUAUUUAUGUGCGUAGCAAAUGGAUGGACGACGACGUGGAGUUCGACUUCCUAUCCACCUCUGACAAUCAAAACUACCGGUCAUGUCUUAAAUACGAUGAGUUGCGGACUGGAGCCAGCGAAUUGGAGCAGCCCUAUGAUGCCUUCUUUGCAGAGUGCAAAAUGGCAGUAACCACGCACAUGGGACUCCGAGGAUUCGAUUAUGAAAUAUGCCUGGAGGAUGCCGAGAAACCAGCCUUCAAAGUGUACAAAUGCGAGGGAUACGAGACGCUCUAUUUGGAUGUUCCGCUGAGAAAAGUGUCCAACUGCUACCAGCUGCUGGAUGCAGCCAUCGAAGCUGGUCAGCAGAAGCCUCAAGCCGCUCCAGCCACUGAAUCCGACGCCCAGAACACCACAUCCCUGGCUGAAUACGAAAAGUAUGUGAGAGACAGCAAGCUGAAGGAGGAGGAACUUCUCAAGAAGUUCCUGCUGCUUUUGAACAGCAAGAAGGCCCACAUCAGGGAAUUGGAGAGUCAGUUGGAAGAUCGUUCCAGGAAGGGCUCAAGCGAAAAGAACAAUCGAAGGAUUUCUUCUGAUGAAGAGGACGAAGUCUACGGAGCAGCCACUCAAGCCAUGAAUAUAGAUGAUGGUGAUGAUGACUCGGAUUAAGCCCCUUAGUAAUAUGAAUGAUUAAGAAACAUUUAGUCUUCGGUAUGUGCUUGAAAUGUAUUAUCUUUUCGUUUUAGUUUUUCUUUUCGAUCGUUCGAUUUUGUAAAAUAAAUUAGCUUUAUAAUGUAUGUAUAUAUGUAUAAAUAAACAACAAAUAGACUUGUAACGUAAUACAUUAAAUUACCAUCAAUGUGUA